AAAGUAACAUUUCGACACCUUCCCUUAAACUGGUAUACUUGAGUCACUUUUUAAACAGUUCGACGGACCAAAACUUUUUUCAUACGAGAUCCAAUAUGAAUAACAGAGUGACGACUGAGCGGUUUGUAUUUUGGGAUUCGGCUGUUCGGAGGACGCCCGUGCGAAGAGUUGUUGCCCCGCGUGUCAGUGUUCUAAAAUGGUGCUCGUGAGAUUAUAAUUACAUUUGCAACCUACAUCAGUCUCCCUCCCACUCUCAUCGCUCUCUCUCUCUUUUCCCCCUUAUUCGCUCACUCAAUGCUGCACAAUAAAUGGAUCUUUGAAAAAAUGCAAGAGGAGGGAGAGAGAGAGAGACGUUCGGAAGAAAAAGGGAGGAGAAGAAGAAGAGAGUGAGCAGGGGAGGGGAAACGGCGUAUGCUUGUAUACAACAACGCCUGUUUUCCAUUUUUUCCCCAACUCGUAAUGUAUUUAAUUCAAGUGAAACGUAAUGAUGACGUGGUGUGUCAUUAAUCUCUUCGCCGCCUCUCCCGACGGUAUGGAACGGCGGCGCGUGGCUAUCCGAGCAUUGAAGGAGGCUGCCAUCAGAGAAGUGUGUCUCCCCUCAGCCAGGACACCCAAGCAUGGCUCACCAGCACACACACUACUGAGAGUAAUGGAUUCUCCUCCAGAGUGUCUGUUGGCCCUCACCUGUGAGCCCCCCCAGUCUCCGCCCACCCUGCCCUCUCUGGACCACAGCCCCCAGGCUUCUCCCUCUCCCCACACCCAGAUCUCCCCCCCGCACAGCCCCCUGGCCCUGCUCUCCAGCCCCCUGGCCCCCAGCCCCCUGGCCUCCGGCCACAGCCCCGACGCGGCCCCCUACUUCCACCUGUCCCCCUUCCCCCUCCGAGGCGAGGAUGAGGACGACGAGGAAGAGCUGGACGGGGCCCCUCCGUCGCCCACCCCCGCCGUGGCCCUCUUCCCAGGAGGGGGACCUGCGGAGGUGUGCAGCCCCACGUCCGAGAGCUCUCCCCCGGCCACGCCGUCCGGCCCUCUCCCCGGCUUCGGAGCCCUGGAGCUGGCCCUCUCAUCGGGCCAGAGCGCCACAUGCAGCGACGAGCUGGACUUGCAGCUCUUCCAGCAGAAGGACGCCGUCGCCGGGGCGACAGCCGGGGUGGGAGGAGCCCCGGGAGGCCCCGCCCUCAGGUUCUCGUGUCACGUGUGCGGGAAGCGGUUCAGGUUCCAGAGCAUUCUGUCGCUCCACGCCCGCGCUCACACACUGGACCGGGACAGGCGGGCUUCGGCUCUGUACCGGACAGGAAGUGGAGCAGCCCUGGGCCGGAUCAAACCCCAUCAGAACCACGUAGACUUUCCCACUCAGAACCACAGCCUCCCAAACUCACUGUCGACCGCGCUCACACAGAACCGGAGAGAGGAAGACCGCAACGAGGAGGAGGCGGACGAAGAGGACCGCGUUCUGGAAGAGGAGCUCCCGACCAAUCAGAACCAGCCAUUCCUGAUGAUGGAUGAAGCCACGCCCCUGACUCCGCCCCUAACCGAGGACACGUCACUCACCUCCCCCUACUCGUCAUCGGGUGGCCCCUCCCACACGGAAGAGUCCGCCCCGGCGACAGCCCUGACUCCCUCGUUUCGUUGCCACGCCUGCAAGGGAAAGUUCCGGACCGCGUCGGAACUGGCCCGCCACGUCCGAAUCCUCCACAACCCCUACAAGUGCACCCUGUGCCCCUUCUCCGCCAGCCAGGAGGAAAGCCUUGCGUCCCACCUUCUUGAAAGCCACCACCACCCCUCCCUGUCCCUGCCAGACUCCCCUCUACCCCCCUACACCCCCCCUCUACCCCCCUACACCCCCCGGCCCACCAUCCUAGCCACCCCCGACAUCCCCGUACCCACCCCCGCCCUCACUCCGAACCCCCCGCCCGGUCCUCCGGCGGUGGCUCCGGCGGUGGCUCCGGCGGCGGCAGCCGCGGCGGCGCCCCCCCUGCCCGCGUUCCGGUGCGAGACGUGUGGCCAGCGCUUCACCCAGUCCUGGUUCCUCAAGGGUCACAUGAGGAAGCACAAGGACUCCCUCGACCACAAGUGUCAGGUGUGCGGCCGAGGCUUCAAGGAGCCCUGGUUCCUCAAGAACCACAUGAAGGUCCACCUCAACAAGCUGGGUCUCAAGGCAGGCCUCGGGGGCCUCGGGGGCCUGGGAAGCCUGGGGCUUGCGGCGGCGGCAGACCAGCCCAAAGGCUCAGUGUCCAACCAGGGGCUGAACGCCCUCUACUCCAGCCUCCUGCUGGCCCAGCGUGGCAAUGCAGGAGGAGGGGGCGGAGGAGGGAGGGGAGGGCGGGGGAAAGCGGAGCGCGACGGAGGCCGGGGUGGCUCCAGCAAGUCGGCCAUCUUGGGCUACCUGGGGUUGCCCGGCGACGGGGGCGGGGCCAGCUGCAUGGAACGCCUCCAGGCGGUGGCCCAGGUGGCGGAGAUGGGGAACGGGGGAAUGGGGGGAGGGAGCGGAGGAGGAAGAGGAGGAGGAGGAGGAGAUCCGACGGGGAUGGAUGGAGGAGAGCAGGCGGCCAUGUGGCAGCUGGUGGCUCGUAGUCUCAUGGCCGCCCAGCAAGCGCAGCAGUCCCAGCAGCAGCAACGCGCUCGGGGGCAGCAACACCGCGGCUCCCCCAGGACACCCUCCUCCCUCCUGGGGGAGCCCGACCAGGUCAGGGCCUACCUCGGAAGUCUGGAGACCAGGGAGGAGGCGGGGUCCGGGGCCGCGGCUGGAGCCGGGGCGGGGGGGGCGGGGAUGGGAGGGCCCUGGGAGUGCCCGGACUGUGGGAAGCUGUUCCGGAGCCUCCAGCAGGUCGUCGUCCACGCUCGCGUCCACACCCAGAGGCCCCAGAAGGGGAAUCCUUCGCCCCAGCAGCGAGGAGGCGCCGGGGAGGAGGAGGGAGGAGGUGGACGGAGAGGAGGGAGAGGGAGAGGUGGAGAGGUGAAGCACCACGGCGGAGGGUCGCAGCAUCAAACAGCGGCUGCAGGGUUCCACUCUGUUAUCUCCUCCUUACAAGGAGAGAACGGGCUGACGGGUGUGUCGUCAGGAUCUUCCGGGCCGUCCAGGGAGCGCGUGCGCGGCACAGGGGUGAAAGACUGCCCCUACUGCGGUAAAGCCUUCCGCUCCUCACACCACCUCAAAGUGCACUUGAGAGUUCACACAGGCGAGAGACCGUACAAGUGCCCCCACUGUGACUACGCCGGCACCCAGUCAGGCUCCUUGAAGUACCACCUCCAGAGACACCACCGGGAGCAGCGCAACGCCCUGGCCGCCUCCUCCGCCUCGUCCUCCUCCUCGCCCGGCCUCACCACCACCACCACCACCACCACCUCCUCCCCCGGAGCCUCCUCCUCCGGAGCUCAGAGGGCCGAGGCGACGGCCGUGGCCAAGCCACGCAGGCCGCAGGCCCUCUCGAGUCAGGGUCUGGCGUCGCGAGGCCCGGCGGAGGCCCCUUCCUCCAGGCACGGCCAGCCCUGGAUCCUGGGUCUGCCCGAGCAGAGGGACCAGAAGUCCCAGGGAGCCCUGAGGGAAGCUGACCUGGAGAGCCAGUAUCGGUACUUGUCCGGGGUGAUGGGUGCGUUGUACCAGGGAGGCCUGGGUCUGGGGCUGGGCGUGGAAGGCGGGUGGACCAGGGACUCGCCCUCUUCCCCUCCCCUGCAGCCGGCGUCCAAGGCCCCCAAGGUGUCCAGGCGCAAGCCUCUCACCACCAGCCGGAUGGUGCCGUCCAACGGGCGCAGCGGCAAGGGAGGUUCCACCUCGCGCGGAGGCUCCCUAGAGGGGGGGUUUGAGCCUCUGGAUCUAUCCCGCCGCCCGUCCCCUGGGCUGGGAGGACUGGAGGAGGAGGGAGGAGGAGCGGGUGGAGGAGGUGGAGCUGGGGUGACCCUGAGCCAGUGCCUGUUCUGCCCGUUCCGCACGUCGUCGGCCGAGCUGAUGGCCAUGCAUCUCCAGGUCAACCACACCACCCGGCGCAAGAGGGGAGCCCCGUCCACACCCGCCAACGCCGUGGAUGAGGACAGCCCCCGGAGACCCCCCCAGCCCCAGGCCCACCCACAGCCCGACCCCCUGGCCCUCUGGAGGUACCUGAAUGAGGCCGGGGCGGGGGAGCGGGCCACUCUGGAAGAGUGGGCCUCGACCCGGACAACCUCCACCCUCAACGGGGUCCCCUCGGUGGAGCGAGACCAGGCGGGGAGCCACUACAACCACAACCACCAGCCUUUGUCUGAUCUCCUCCUCCAAUCCUCCGCCAAGAGGACGAGCCGAGGAAGGAUGGAGAAAGAGAGAAAGACGGAACGGGAGGAGGAGAUGGAGGAGGAAGAGGAGGAGAUGGAGGAGGAGGAAGAGGAGGAAGAAGAGAUGGAGGAGGAAGGUUUGGAGCCUGAGAGCAGCAGCGCUGGUGAAUCACCCAGAGAUGGGAGACAGAGAGGAGGGCUAUCCCUCUCCCUGUCCCCUCCUCCCCUGGGGCCGGACCACAUGCCUAGAGAGGAGGGGGGAGUGAUGGGGGACUAAGACCCAACAUUUCAACCACCACCCUGUAGAGAGAGGAGAAGAGGUUCAACUGGACUGUCGAAAACAUAAAGGUUAAGUUGAUCAUGGUUGGGUUUGGUUUGGCCUCGCAGUUUCAGGUCAUUGCCAAGAUCCCUGUCGCUUGACCUCUAGGGCCUUGGAGAGCAGCAUAUCCAAUAAAAGGAUCAAAUUAUCAGUUGACCUUUAAAGAGAGGAGCCCUCCAGAUCGACCAUUUUGGUGUCCCGCCCAGGCUGCCAUUUGGGGGUCCGGCCGGUCUCCAGUUUCUUCAUCACCAGCCCACAGUUACAAACGGAAUGGAUCUCUCUCUCUCUCUGCAGUAUUUCUCGUUGAUGCCUUCUCUAGCCAGUAUACCCCUGCACUCCCCUUCCUCCAUCCCACCACCCAACAUGAGGGCUAGAGCGACGACUCAAGAUUGUCGAAGCUGCCAGGAGUAGACUUCACAACCGACUUCAGUCGGCACUUCACAGAGCAGGCAUUUACGAGACGUUCAAACUUUGUAAACAGUGUACACGUGAAAACAGUUACCGCGAGGGAGAUAACGUUGAUAGCUUAAAGCGUAAACGCAAAGUGAAUAAGCGGAGAAAUGACACAUUUCCUAAGAUGAUUCUUUGUUGACCCACGUUACUCCGGAAUGCCGAGUUAACGUCAAAAUAACGUGGUCAUCGUGGGUUCUAAACCAGCACUGAUUUGAAAGCAUGGUUCCACAGUUAUUGUUGUGGACCCAGCUGAGCUACCCAGUGAUGUUCAAGCGAGACAGGGACCACUAGUGUAGACGGUGCACUUGACAAUGACUUUUAACUAUCUAAAUCUUAUAUCACUGCCUCGUUGGUCUUUGAGAUGUAGGCCUUCCUAGAUUGUCUGAAGUAAUGAAGGGGCUGUUUUCGUUUUCUGUUCAGUUAGAGCUUUAGCGUUUCUGUAUGUUGUCAAGGGAUACGUUGUCUGUAGGCUUAGUUCACCCACACCUGUGGGCUCAAUAGGACAUUGUGAUAUCUGAAUAUACAGUAUAAAAGAGAUCAUGAGUAUAUUUGUUGAAAUAUUUUUGUUUUUUGGAUCUAGGUUUUUGUGAAUAGCUAACCGGCUAAAGUGAUAGGCAUACAAGGCUAUUGUGUGUAGACUCUGACGCCAAUAACAGUUUCUUCUCUGUUUAUGGCUUGGUGUGGAAAAGCAGUUAGCAAGGAAAUAUGAUCGCAUUGGUUUGCCUACCUUUUAAAACGUCAAGGAAGGUCUAGUGAAAAGGGAGGGGAAACGGCUAAAGGUCAGUGUUUACAGCAGAAAUGCCAGCACGUUAAGACGUGGGGUUCGGACUCCCCCCGCGAUCGCCCUAGAACACAGAGGUUCUGUUAACAAAGCGGGAACUGUGUCAGUGCAGGAAUCUAGCGCGCAACCUAACCACAAUCAAGGACACAUCUGCCGUCAGGAUUCAGAAACUCUGCGACGGUGUCACAAACGCAUUAAUUUCACUCCUCGGCCAGUGAAAAAGAAACACUCAAUAACUGGAGAAAGAAAUCGGAAAGGAAAGGCAUGUUUCCCCGAGGACCUAGCAGGACUAAACGCUGAAACAACUGUAGCCUAUACUCUUGAGUAUGGCAUCUUUUAGAUGACUAGAUUUCUUUCUCUUUUUUU